AUGCUCGCUCGUUUGAUUGAGCUUGAGGCCCCCUUGGAUAGUUUUUUCACGUACCUCGAGACGCCCGAAGGAAAGAAGGAGUUCAAGGAUUUGAGUCAAGACAAGUACCCAAAACCAAAUGAAUGGUUUGUGAUUAAGUGCUUAGUGGCGAUGCUGGAUCCGAUAGCCGCUGUGACUAAGGUGCUGGGAGGAUGUUAUUACCCCACGUUGGCGUUGGCGUUCCCCAUGUUGCGUCGCAUCAAGAAGGUGCUGCAAGACUCGUCCAUAUUCACCAAGCAGGCUGCGCUAGCUGGACGCCAAGAAUUCCAAGCCGAUAUGCUGUCACUUAUGCAGCAAGCACGCCAGGCCAUCUUGGACCUCUUCAAGUCACGUUUUACCGGAAUGGAUUUUGACCUAGUUUGGAUUUCGUUUCUAGACCCUCGCUUUCACAAAAUGAAGUUGCUCAAACAAGACGAGAUCGAUCUUGCUAGGCACCUGCGGCUCAACUGUUCGAACGAGUUCGUAGCCUACCUAGAAGCGGCUAAGUCUGUCCCCCGUAAGCAAGACCCGCUCGUGUGGUGGUCUGUCAACGGCCAUAACUAUCCGUCCCUCGCUCUUCUCGCACGGAAAUGGCUUGGGUGUGUUGCUACGUCGGUGCCAUCGGAACGAGCUUUCUCUACAGCGGGAAACACGGUGACUGCAAAGCGAUGUCAGAUGGAUGUUAACCUUGUGCGAGAUCUAGUAUUCAUUGCCGAAAAUGCAGGUCUAAAGAAGGGUAAAUAG